AUGUCACAAUUGAGGUUUGAUGGGAAAGUCGUCGUCAUCACAGGUGCUGGUGGUGGACUAGGAAGACAAUACGCUCUUGAAUAUGCUAAAAGAGGUGCCAAAGUUGUGGUUAAUGACUUGGGUGGGUCUUUAAAAGGUGAUGGAGCUCACAAUUCAAAAGCUGCCGAUGUUGUUGUUGAUGAAAUUAAAAAAUUGGGAGGUACCGCUGUGGCCAAUUAUGAUUCUGUUGAAUUUGGUGAUAAGAUUAUCAAAACCGCUGUGGAUAACUUUGGUACUGUUCAUGUUGUUAUUAAUAAUGCCGGUAUUCUAAGAGAUACUUCAUUUAAAAACAUGUCUGAAAAUGAUUUCAAAUUGGUUUAUGAUGUCCAUUUAAAUGGUGCCUAUAAAUUGACAAGAGCUGCAUGGCCUUAUUUUAAAGAUCAAAAAUAUGGUAGAAUUGUUAAUACCGCUUCUCCUGCUGGUCUUUAUGGUAAUUUUGGGCAAGCAAAUUAUUCUGCCGCUAAAUCUGCUUUAAUUGGAUUUGGUGAAACUUUAGCUAAAGAAGGUUUUAAAUAUAAUAUCAAUGCAAAUAUGAUUGCUCCAUUGGCAAGAUCAAGAAUGACUGAAGAUGUCUUACCAAAAUCAAUGUUGGAAAGUUUAAAUCCAGAUCGUAUUGUUCCAUUGGUUGUUUAUUUAACACAUGAUUCUUCAAAAGCUUCUAAUCAACUUUUUGAAUUGGCUGCUGGUUAUUAUGGUCAAGUUCGUUGGCAAAGAUCAUCUGGUGAAUUGUUUAAACUUGAUGAAACUUUUACACCAGAAGCUAUCUUAGCUAAAUACGAUGGAAUUUUCAAAUUUGAAGAUAAACCAUUUAAUAAAGUUGAAAAUCCAAUUCAUAUUGCAGAUUAUUUAAGAUUAGUGGAAGAAGGUAAAAAAUUACCAUCAAAUAAACAAUCAAAUGAAAAAGUUUCAUUAAAGGGGAAAGUUGUUAUCAUUACAGGUUCAGGUGCAGGUUUAGGUCGCGCGCAUGCUCUUGCAUUUGCUAAAGCUGGUGCAAAAGUUGUUGUUAAUGAUUUUAAAGAUCCACAACCAGUUGUUAAUGAAAUUAAAAACGCUGGUGGGGAAGCUGUUGGAAGUAAAACUAAUGUUGUUACUGAAUCUGAUAAAAUUGUUAAGACUGCAUUAGAUACUUUUGGUCGUAUUGAUAUUUUAGUUAAUAAUGCAGGUAUUUUAAGAGAUCGUUCAUUUGCUAAAAUUACUGAUGAAGAAUGGUUCUCAGUUCAAGAUGUUCAUGUUUUAGCUACUUUCAGAUUAACAAAACAAGUUUGGCCAAUUUUCUUAAAACAAAAAUCUGGUGUUGUGAUUAAUACCACUUCAACUUCAGGUAUUUAUGGUAACUUUGGUCAAACAAAUUAUGCAGCUGCUAAAUCUGCAAUGAUUGGUUUCUCCAGAACUUUAGCUAUUGAAGGUAAAAGAUCAAACAUUAGAGUUAACGCAAUUGCACCACAUGCUGAAACUGCAAUGACUGCUACCAUGUUUAAGAAAGAAGAAUUUAACAAAUUCGAUGCUUCUCAAGUCUCUCCAUUUUAUGUCUUGUUAGCUUCUGAUAAAGUUAAUACCACUGGUGAAGUAUUUGAAGUUGGUGCCGGUUGGGUUGGUAAUACUAGAUUACAAAGAUCAUUUGGUGCAGUCUCUAAAGAUCCAAAAAUCACUCCUGAAUUUAUUAGAGAUCAUUGGAGUGAAAUCACCAAUUUUGAUGAAUAUCAAAUUUGUAAAUCUGCAGAAGAAUCAUAUAUGGGUAUUUUUGAAAGACUUGGUGGUAAUGAUGAUGAAGAUGAAGAUGAAGAGGAAGAUGAUGAAGACGCUGAAGAUGAAAAGAAUGAUAAUGUCUUUGAAUAUACUGAACGUGAUUCUAUCUUGUAUAAUUUAGGUCUUGGUGCAACUGCUAAGGAGUUGAAAUACACUUAUGAAUUAUCUCCAGAUUUCCAAUUAUUACCAACAUAUGGUGUUAUUCCAUUCAUGAAUAAGAAUGAUGGUGGUGUGAAUUUCAGUGAUUUAUUGGAUAAUUUCAAUUAUGCUUAUUUAUUACAUGGUGAACAAUAUUUAAAGAUUAACAAAUUACCAUUACCAACAGCUGCUAAAUUACGUACUGAAUCAUCUCCAAUUGCAGUCCAAAAUAAAGGUGACAAAGCUGCAAUUGUUGUUGCUGGUUUCAAAACUUUUGAUAUUGAUUCAGGUGAACAAUUAUUUUAUAAUGAAAUGACUACAUUUACUAGAAAAGCACAAGCUAAAAAGGAAUUUAUUAAAGGUAAAAGAUCAACUUUUGCAACUUCAUCAAACAAGAUUCCGGAUUCUGCUCCAGAUUUUGAAACUAUUGUUCAAACUUCACCAGAUCAAGCUGCUAUUUAUAGAUUAUCUGGUGAUUAUAACCCCUUACAUAUUGAUCCAAAAUUGGCUAAGAAGGCAAACUUCCCAAAUCCAAUCUUACAUGGUUUAGGAUUCUUUGGUGUUAGUGUUAAACAAUUGUAUGAAAAAUAUGGUCCUUUCAAUGAAGUCAAAGUUCGUUUUACAAAUGUCUUCUUCCCAGGUGAAAGAUUGAAAGUUAAAGCUUGGAAACAAGGUAACAAAGUUAUUUUCCAAGCAUUAGCUGCUGAUAGAAAAGAUGCAGUUGUUAUUAACAAUGCUGCUUUGAAUUUGGUUUCUGAUAAAUCAAAAUUAUGA